AUGCAUCUCUCCCGCUUCCUUCCUGCGGGCUCUGCGCUCUGCCAAGCAGACAAGACGCUCGUUGUGCUUGGACCGGGCUUCAUCCGCACGACCUCCUGCCGAGCGGCUCCUGGACUCGUGCCCUGCCGCGUCCUGCGUGGCGGAGGGGGCGCAGGUCCCCGCGGCGCCGCGCGCUCGGCCUUCGCCCGACACCAAGCACCGAAGACAUGUAGCCCCAAACAGUUUGCAUGCAAAGAUCAGAUUACGUGCAUAUCUAAGGGCUGGCGCUGCGACGGGGAAAAGGAUUGUCCCGAUGGCUCGGAUGAAUCGCCUGACAUAUGUCCCCAGAGCAAGGUGUCGCGAUGCCAACCCAACGAGCACAACUGCCUGGGCACCGAGCUCUGCAUCCCCAUGAGCAAGCUCUGCAACGGGCUCCACGACUGCUUCGAUGGUUCUGACGAGGGGCCGCACUGCCGCGAGCAGCUCGCGAACUGCACGGCCCUGGGCUGCCAGCACCACUGCGUGCCCACGCUGAGCGGACCCGCCUGUUACUGCAACGGCUCCUUCCAGCUGGCCGAGGACCGCAGGAGCUGCAAGGACUUUGAUGAAUGCACCAUCUACGGGACCUGCAGCCAGACGUGCACCAACACGGAGGGUUCCUACACGUGCAGCUGUGUCGAGGGGUACCUCUUGCAGCCUGAUAACAGAUCCUGCAAGGCCAAAAACGAGCCGGUGGAUCGCCCACCCGUGCUGCUCAUCGCCAACUCCCAGAACAUCCUGGCCACCUACCUGAGCGGAGCCCCCGUGCCCAACAUCACCCCCACCAGUGCCAAGCAGACCACGGCCAUGGACUUCAACUACGUGGAAGACACCGUGUGCUGGGUCCACGUGGGAGACAGCGCCUCGCAGACCAUCCUCAAGUGUGCCAAGAUCCCCAACCUCAAGGGCUUCGUGGAAGAGCGCUCCAUCAACAUCUCCCUCAGCCUGCACC